AUGGCGAGCCCGCGCCUCCUCGCGCUCCUCGUCGUUGGCUAUUACGGCUCCUCUACUCUCAACUCGGUUCUCACAAAGCAGAUCCUGACCAGCUUCCCUCGGCCGCUCACGGUGACGCUCUGGCAGCAGCUUUUCUCUUCGCUCUACUCAGUCCUCCACUUCCGCGUCACCACUGGCCGAUGGCUCGACCUGCAGCGCCACGCCAGGAGGGUCAUGCCCGUCGCCGUGGCGCUCGUGAUUGCUCUCGUUGCAUACAGAGCAGCCUUGCUCCACGCGGCGGUGUCGUUCGCGCAGGUCGUGAAGACGCUGCAGCCGCUCUUCGCCGCGGGCGUCUGCGCCAUCCUCCUCGGCGAGCGCACCCCGCCGAUGCGGCUCGGGGCGCUGCUGCUCCUGGUCGCAGGCGUCGGCCUCGCCUCGGCAACCGAGGUGGACUUCCGGCUCGUCGGCUUCCUCCUCGCAGCGCUCUCGGCGCUGGCGCAGGCGGUGCAUGCUGCACUCGCCAAGCAGUGCCUUGGCUCCAGCCGCGCCAGGCCUCUCUCGCCCGACAAGCGAGACAAGCCGCCCUCGGAGAUGGAGCUCUUCGCCCUCGCCGCCGUCUACGCGACCGGCCUGCUAGCGCCCCUGUGGGCCGCGGUCGAUCUCCCGCGCGCCAUGCGGCCCGACUACAGCACGGUGGGCCUGCUGCUGCUCAACGGCUGCUGCAACCUCGCCGACAAGCUGCUCUCCUUCUGGCUCCUCUGCUUGCUCGCCUCGCCCGUGUCUGCGGCGGUCGUGUCGGUCGUCAAACGGGUCAUCAUCGUCGCAGCGGCCGCGCUCUGGUUCGGCACCUCCAUUAGCGCCUUGCACGCCUUUGGCGUCGCCACCGCGGCCGCCGGCGUGGGGCUUUAUCAGCUGGCGCCCUCCGCCGCAAAGGCGCGCGAUUCGGAGCUGGACGAGGAGGGGCAGCCGCUGGUGGCCUCGCCGGUCCUGCACUUGCAGGCGCCGCACUUGGGUCGCACCCCGCGGAGGCAGCAGCCGCUCCUCCCCGUGUGA